UAAAGGACAGGAAAGGGAUCAAAUCAUCCAUAUAGCUCUUAAUCUAGCCAAUAUCAAGAUUACCUUCGCUCUCUUGGUGGAUUCUGCACUCAACUUCGAAAUGAUUCGUGUUCUCGGUCUUCUGACUUUUCUGACGAUGAUAGUCAACCUUCAUGCCUAUCCGCCAUCAUUCUUCAAGUAUAUAGCUCUAGGAUGCAGAGGGGAGCAAAAUAUACAGAAUUUGGCCCGUUUGGAUCGUCUGUGUGAAGAGUGUUCCAACAUUGUCAGACAGCAAGAGGUUCUCGUAGAUUGCAGGGCAAAGUGCUUUGCAAAUCCACUGUUUGUAAGCUGCGUAGAAACACUUGUUGAACGGCACCUCCAACAUGAAGUUCUGGCAAUAGCUGAGGAAAUAGAAGCCUCCUCUAAGAAGAAAUCUUGGGAAGAGCAGAAGAUAUACAAUUGAUAAUCUUCCAACUUACAACUGAUGAUGCACAACUUACGAUGCAUUCUUGCCCUUCACUCUACAGCUAAGGAAAAUGAGGACCAUGAAAACAUUAUUUUGCAUUUGAACAUACAAAUCCGAUGACCAAAAAAAAAAAAAAAAAAAAAAAAAA